AUGGGACAGGGUAGGACUUGUUAUGGCACAUGCACUUGUAAGCCAUUGGACAGGACUCAGCCUCUGCAAGCGAUGCACAAACGAAGCUCACCAUCACCAACCUGCAUGGCGAACAUGAUCCACACGCGUGAGAGCAAUCCGGCAACCUCGACCCUGCUAUUUCUAGUGUGUCUUGUCUUCCCACUCUUCCUUCCCAUCUUACUUUGCUCGUUCUUAUUCCAUCUUUUCUAUUCUCUUCUCCACCAUCUACAUGCCCAUGACUUACGUGAACGUGACCGGUUUAUGUGUCUUGCUGAGAUGAUUACAGGAACACAAAGUAAAAGAAGGAAAAAUGCAGCAGCAUAG